UGCACUUCCGGGUUAGAGUUCAGCUAAUGUUGAUGGUGGCCGCAUGCUUGUCCGGGUAGAGGCAGGAACUUUACAGUUGUGAACUAAAUUAUUGAAGUGUAACAAGAUGAAGGACACGCCGCUGUCUAACUGUGAGCGCGACUUCCUGCUCAAAGCCAUCGAAGAGAAAAAGCGCCUGGAUGGACGACAGACCUACGACUACAGGAAGAUGAAGAUCACUUUUGGGACGGACUUUGGAUGCUGCUUUGUGGAUCUGGGAAAAACCAGGGUCAUGGCCCAGGUGUCAUGUGAGCUGGUGACUCCUAAAGAGAGUCGACCAAACGAAGGAAUCAUGUUCUUCAACAUCGAGCUGUCACCCAUGGCCUCACCAGCGUUUGAAGCGGGCAGACAGUCUGAGUUGUCCGUGAAGCUGAACAGACAGCUGGAGAGAUGCUUGAGGAACUCCAAGUGCAUUGAUACCGAGUCCCUGUGUGUGGUGUCUGGAGAGAAGGUGUGGCAGAUCAGAGUGGAUGUCCACAUGUUGAAUCACGACGGGAACCUGAUGGACGCCGCCAGCAUUGCUGCCAUCACCGCUCUGUGCCACUUCAGGCGCCCCGAUGUCGGCAUCCAGGGAGAUGACGUCGUGGUGUACAGUCCAGAGGAGCGAGACCCCAUUCCUCUGAGUAUCUACCACAUGCCCAUCAGCGUCAGCUUCUCCUUCUUCCAACAAGGCACCUAUCUGCUGGUGGACCCCUGUGAACGGGAGGAGCGGGUGAUGGACGGCUUGCUGAUGAUCGCCAUGAACAAACACCGAGAAAUCUGCUCCAUCCAGUCCAGCGGGGGCAUCAUGCUGCUUAAAGAGCAGGUUAUGAGAUGCAGUAAAAUAGCCAGCGUCAAAGUUUCUGAGAUCACGGAGCUCAUCAGCAAAGCCCUGGAGAACGAUAAGAAAGCAAGGAAGGCGGGUGGCAAGUGUGGUUUUGCGGAGUCGAUGCCACAGGAGCGAAUCACAGCACUGAAAAUGGACGAGACGCCAGUGGAGAUGACCGAUGCGACCGACCGAGCCAAUGACAUCGUCCAGAGAGCCGAGGCCCCGCCUCAGACGGUGCCUUCCCCACUGGUGCCUGUUCCGGGUGUGGGCCAGGUAGGGCAGGGGCUGCAUAACACCUGGGGACUGGAGGAGGAGGAGGAUGAAGAGGAGGAGGAAAAUGACAGCAGUGGUGAAGAACAGGAGGAGACAAAGAUGGAGGAAGAACAGCAUGAUAAGGAGGAGAGCAGAGGAGGAGAUGUGGUUGAGAUAUCUGACAGCGAAGAGGAGGAAGUGGUCAUACUUCAUCCGGAGAAACCAGACAAAACUCCCACAAAUACAGGAUCCAGUUCCUACCAGAGGGGGGCGGCAACAUCAAAGAAAAAACAGAAAAAAUGAAGACGGGGUCCUCUAAAGCUGCUGCAGUACCAGAUGUGCAUAUCUACAGCUGUGCCAGACACGGCAGCGCCAUUUAAUAAUAAAGACUCCUCUCCUGGCUAAAAUCCUUCCUGCCUGCUCUAGCUGACCAAAUGGUUUAGAACACAGAGUGUUGGAUUCUUACUCUGAGAACGUCAAGUCUGCUUCUCGUUUGUAGCAUAAACUGUUA